AUGUUCCGAGUAGGGUCAUGGCUGUACUCCAAGGCAGCUCCAGCAAGCGCAUCUACUCAGUCUCUUGAUGCUGUGACUGAGUCUCAAGACCCUGCCGCCUAUAUUAUGGAUGAUGAUGUUGAUUCAGCAGAGAGAGACCUGGAUAAAGGUGAUUCAUCAUACCACAAGCUAGGAAAAGGCAUUGUCACGUUUGUUAGAGCUACACUCGGCUUGGAGCAAGAUAUUAUGCGGCAAGCUGCUUCGAGGCUUAUGGAUGCAGAGACAAGUGCCUAUAAUGACCAGCAUAAAGCUCUGCACAAUGCAAAUGCUGUCAACGCCUAUCACUCCGCUAUCUAUGCGCCUGGGACAGAGUACUUGCUAUGCCAAUGUAUGGCCCAGCUCAUGGCUGCCCUGGUAGGGGUGCUCAGUGAGAGCUUUUCAGAGAGCAUAAAGGCGUUUUAUAAGCUGAGAAAGGCUUAUAUUGCACUUGAUAGCAUUGCUCAGAUGGAAGAAAAAUACUUGAAAGAAAAUAACCUCAGCCUUGGAGUCGAUUCACGAUUCGACUCUGCCAAUGGUAGUCCCAAUCUAGACAAACCUACGAGAUCCGCGACUCACGCUGCGGACUCUUCAUCGCAUGAAACAAAACAAGAUACCAAGGUCCCCCUUCCAAAAUCAAUGUCAACUACCACCUUUGAGGAGAUUACCAAUGAAAACCUUGAAAGCUCACAAAGACGACUUUCCCGACUAACUCUGGGAAGUGAAAGUGAUGUCUCCAAGGCAGCCGAAGGGCCUCAGGCCAAGCUUGAUACCGACGAAGAUGUUGAUAUCUUCUCCCACCCUGUAGAUCACUUCAUCCACUCGGGAACCAGUCUCUGCUUCGGCAUGCUACUUCUAUUCAUCUCCAUGGUACCUCCGGCUCUCAACAGGAUCCUGUAUAUUAUUGGUUUCCGCGGUGACCGAUCUCGAGGACUACGGCUGCUCUGGCAAGCCAGCCGGUCUCACACGUUGACAGGAGCUAUUUCUGCAUUAACUUUAUUGGCCUUUUACAACAGUUUCGUGCGUGCAGCCGAUAUUUUACCUGACCCUAUUGAUGGAAAUGUGGAAGAUAUUGAGGGCUAUCCGAUGAACCGACUUGAGAGCUUGUUGGCAGAUAUGAGGAGUCGUUUCCCCCACAGCCAACUCUGGGUCCUUGAAGAGUCCAGGAUGCGAAGUGCAAACAGAGAGGUGGAAGAGGCCAUGAGGCUGAUUCGCAAUGGAAAGAAGAGUCCACUGAAACAGGUACAGGCUCUGCACGUUUUCGAGAGAAGUAUUGAUGCCAUGCAUCUGCAUCAGUACGAGCUCUGUGCAGAGUCCUUCAUCGAGUGUUCGGAACUCAACUCCUGGUCCAGGGCAUUGUAUUUCUACAUUGCCGGUGCCUCACACGUAGAACUUUACCGCAAAUACCUCAAGGAAUCACCGGAGAAGGCGAAAGAGCAUGCCAAAAAGGCCGAAGAACUCUUCCAAAAAGCACCAUCUCAAGCAGGAAAGAAAAAAUUCCUAGCUCGCCAACUUCCAUUCGACGUUUUUGUAACCCGCAAGAUUGCAAAGUGGGAAGCUCGUGCGAAAGAGCGGAACAUCCCUUUCAUUGAUGCAGUCGGCGUAUCACCAAUUGAAGAAAUGAAUUUCUUCUGGAACGGGCACAGCCGUAUGCCCGACGAGCAGUUGGAGGUUGCACUUCAAAACCUAGCAUGGUCAGAGAGCAACCAGACAUGGGCGUCCGAGCCACUCGACGAACACUCCAUAUUGGCUCUUCUCAGGGCUUCUCUAUUGCGAGCCCAGCGGAAGCAUACAGAGGCAAAGGCCAUUCUGAAAUCUGAGAUUCUAUGUCACGACAGAACUCUCUACAAGGGUUCGAAUAAGGAUGACUGGACCUGCCCGUCAGCACAUUAUGAGAUGGCUGCGAAUAUAUGGAUGGAGCGUCACUGUUACCGAUCUUUUGGCCGUGCCACCACCAUACCGGCAUCGGAGAGGGACGGCCACGCCGAAGACGAAGACGAAGCAACCCGUGCAGCCGAGGAUGAUCAAAAGGUCCAUGAGUGUAAAGAAUGGCUGGAGAAAGUAUACAAGUGGGAGGCGUACGAGUUAGACGCUCGUAUUGGGCUGAAAGUUACCACGGCACAGGAGACAAUCACCAAAUGGGAGGAGGCCCACACAAAAUAA